AUGACCAAGAAUAUGGAACUGUGGGACAAGACAUUUCAACGCAUAAUUAGAGAGAAGAAACCUCAACACAGAUGGACCCUGGAGCUGAAGAGUGACCUCGAGGUCGAUCGUGUAAAGCAGGGGUGGAGACAGUAUAAGCAUCAAGGCCUUGCAAGGUUCCAGUGCUCCUUGUGCGGGCGCAGCUGGGUCUCGGCCCAGGUGUUGAUUCUCUUCCACAUGUGCCUGCGGAAACCCUACGGCCGGGUCAAGAUGAGGGUCUUUGCCCAGCGUUGCCAGAAGUGCAGCACGGCCCUGUUUGAGGAGCCCGAGUUCAGCCGGGAGGGCGUGGAGAGUGUCUUGGGGGGCCUGGUGGUGCAGAUUCUGCUGAAGUGCUACCAGGAGAGAGUCCAGCAGGGAGGGGACCUUGGGGCCCCCCGAGAGGACCCUUUCAGGGCAGGCCUCCUCACUGGGCCUCACGACGCUGAGAAUUGUGAGGCGUGUUUGCUGGGCAGGUUUUGCCCGAGCCGAUCGGAUGCCGAGGUCUCCACCCCACAUCGUACCCUCACCAGAAGCCUCAGUCACUCCACCCAAGACCAACUACCUGCCUGUAGAAAGAGGAAGCUGCUCCUGCUGGUUUCCCUUUGUCUUAUAAUGAUCAUCUUUGUGGUCCUGAUGGUGACUCUCAGCGUCACCGGACUCCUUUAG